CCAACCUUCAAUUACUAUUCUUCCCACAACCUCCAAUCCAAACACCCUCACCCAACAAUGCUUUCUCGCACAGCCUCUCGAGCUCUGCUCGCCUCCGUGCGCCCAUCCAUCCGCACAACAGCACCCACCACUUCAACUCUCCUCCCCCGGGCCUGCGCCAUCCGGCCCAGCUCCGCCUCACAGUUCACCCGCUCUUUCCAGUCCUCCCCGGCAAUCCGCAAAGGCAUCCACCCAGAAUCAGCAGACCCCCCAGCUCCAAAUCCGCAAUCGGGUCCUGUUGCCGGAGCUGCUGCUCAUAUCACUGAGCCCUCGCCGUUGACGCCGGAGGAGUACUACGAGUACUCGGAGCAUUAUUUCAACGUGCUGCAAAGCGAGCUGGAGAAGGCACAGGAGGAGGGGUCGGAUGUUGAGGCAGAGUACAGUGCCGGUGUUCUGAACAUCACCGUUCCCGCACUCGGAACCUAUGUACUCAACAAGCAACCACCCAACAAGCAGAUCUGGCUCAGCUCGCCCAUCUCCGGGCCGAAGCGGUACGACUGGAUUGUCGAGGGCGAUUAUAUGCAUGAGAAGCAGGAUUCCCGGCCUUUCGUUAAUGGGCAGUGGAUCUACCUACGUGAUGGGUCUAAUCUGACCGAGUUGUUGAACUCCGAGUUGACCUUGCGUUUGCCCAAGGAUAUCUACAGUGAGAUCGUUGAGUGAGUGAGUCGUCUUGCUGGGCUAUCGAUUACCUAGAAAGAAGAGAAUUCUUGUCGUUCCAGCUUUUGUUUGGAAUGUUGUUACAUACUGUAGUUUAGUGUCUAUUUAUGAUGCGGUUGCAUUGAAAUAUUUCGUGUGCUAUUCCUUUCUCAUAAACUGGAGGGAGGCGAACGAAUAAUUUGGGAACAUAGUUGCGGGUAUCAUUUGAGGUGAAUUCACUAGGUGGGUAUAGAAUGAUAAUAUGUAAAGGGAACGCAAUGCUAAGGAGGAAAGAGUCAUAUCAUCGCCCUAAUUGAACGGGCGUAUGAAAGUG